AUGGUCCUGAGGCUGCUUAAUUAUCUCUCUCGACCUCAUUAAUACAUUUUCUCUGCUUCUCUCAACACAAAUCAAACUACGAAGACAUAUUGUUCAUGAACCAAACAAAUCAUGUACCAUCUUCCCACUUUUUGUCUGAUCAUUUUCUUCAUCUUCUCCUCAAUUCACCAUCUUCCUUGUGCUUCAAGUAAUCAACGACUUGGCUGGUGUGAGACUCCGUUUCAGUGUGGUAACAUCACCGCUGGGUUCCCCUUCUCGGGAGGGAACCGUCGCAAAGAUUGCGGUCACCCAUUGUUGCAGCUUCACUGCAACAAAAACAACAUCACCUCUCUAUUCAUCUCAAACCAAAAAUACUCUGUUCUUCAUUUAGAUCAGACAUCUAAUACUCUUACAGUUGCUAAACAAGACCUUCUAGGUUCUUUUUGCUCCUCUGUGUUCACCAACACAACCUUACCUCCCGAAACUUUCAAGCUUUCACCGACCUACAAGACCAUCACCGUAUUCUACCAAUGUUCCUCUUUGCCUCCUAGCCUUUCUAGCUACACAUGUCCUGAUAUAGGUCCGAUCUCAGUGUCUGAAAACCCUGGUAUAAAACCUGAGAACUGCAGUUCCAGUUUCACCUUGAUGGUUCCUACAAGUUUUGUUACAAAAGAGAAAGAGUUGAAUGUGACCAAUUUGGAAAGUGUUUUAAGAAAAGGGUUUGAGGUGAAGGUAGUGAUCAAUGAGAAUGCGUGUCAAGAAUGUUUAUCCUCUCAUGGUAGAUGUCAUGGCUUCAACGAAAUCUUAACACCAGGAGUUAAAUGUCAUCCACCAAAAGACGCUGAGGGUACUUGUGGAUAUAAUCAGACCUCACUUGCGUUCCUCUGCUAUUGUAAAGACCCCUAUAGCCUAUCAUGCGGUUCGACUAAGAGUAAGGUUUCUUUAAUCCCUGGUGUACCGCUUCAGGAGACGAAUCUUCUAGCAUCACUAAUAUUAUGUCGAAAAAUUAAACGACUUCAUUUUGAAUCACUUAAUAAAAAGUGAUGUUAAA